AUGGUUGAUAUAAUAUGGUACCAAUAAUGCCGUGUAUCCCUUUGGAAGAAUUGAGGCCCCGCUCUGGAAAAGAGGUUGGUUCAGCACAAAAGGAAUAAGAUUCCAAAACAACACCGAGAAAUGGACGGCAAAGUGAAGUAGUCAAAAAGCAAAGAUAUCAAUGCCUCUCAAUAAAGGAAAGCUAAAGAAAACAAUAAGAUGGAAAGCUCAACGUCUAAAGUUGAGAUCAUGAAGCCUAUGAUCCUCAAAGCUGGGAUUCCAUUAGCUCUAUCCGUAGCUGGUUUUGUCUGUGCCAAGAUAAUUGCUAGAAGAAGUGUUGCUAAAGAAUCCUUGUUGGAAACUCAAAUGAGUAACUCGAAGAUCGAUUCCGAGCUCGGAGAUGAGGAGGAGAGCUUUCACAGCUUUUGUUCUACGUCUUUGCCUUCUAUGGAAUAUGAAAAACCAAUGAUAACGGAUACCAACUUCAUGAAUUCCAUAGAAAGGUUAGAAAAUCGAUAUGAACCCAAUUUGAAAGAAGAGAUUUUUGGUCUAAGACGAAGACUUGAAGAUCUUCAAAUGAAAGAAUGUGAGUUGGAGAUGAAGUUUAUCAGGUAUUGUGACUUGAAGGAGCAAGAAUCUCUGCUCAUGCAGCUUAAGAACACGUUGUUAUUAGAGAUGUCGCAUGUUGAAUUGUUGGAUAGGGAGAUCUCUUCCAUGGAGGCUGAAAAGAAAAGGCUUGAAACAUUAGUAGUAGAAUAUUUGAGAGUUUUGGAGCAGCUGGAAUUUUGGAAAUCUAAAAAUGGGUUCCUUCACAGAAAGGUAAAGAAGCUUUUGAGGAAAGUAAGAGCCCAAUCAAGUCUUAUAAAAGAGCAAGAUUUGCAGAUUGGAGCUAAAGAAAGACAACUUUUUAGAACCCAAGAUGAACUGGAAACAAGUAGGAACAUUAUCAAGAAAUUGAAGGAUGAAGUUAGUGAGCUUAAAAUGAAGUUCGAUCAACAGCAAGAAGAGAAAAAUGGGCUCUUGGAAAAGCUUGAAUUGGCAGAGAAAUCACCCCAGUCAAUCUCCAAGGUUGAAGCAGAAGGGAUAACAAUGGAGGAUUACAAUCGGCUUAGAAAUGAACUAGAACAGCUGCAGAAGGAUCAAGCAGCAGAAACCGAGGAAUUAAUAUACUUAAGGUGGAGUAAUGCAUGUUUAAGGCAUGAGUUGAUGAAGAAUCAGGAACAUGAUCAAGAACAGAAUCAAAAGAUUAAAGUAGAUCAUUUGGAGCUAGAUUUUGAAAGGAACCUUGUGAUUGAAAAUUAUGAGUCAGAGCAAGAAUUGCAGGGAAUGAUGUUGGAGAGAAAUGGGCAUUGCUUUGACAGUCCAACUAGUGAACAAGUCCAUUCAAAAAGGAAGAAACUACUUCAAAGGCUCAGAAAAUGGGUGGAAGGCAGUGAGAAGGGAAAAGAAAAACUUGAUGAGAAAGACAGGCAUGAAGUCAAGUGCUUUAGGAAACAUUCUGUUUCAGAGGAAUCAGAGGAACAUCUUCAGCCAAGAAGGUCUUGCUCUAGCGCAGGACCAUAAACCCUACAUAUGGAACCAAUUAAAAAAAGAAAAAAAUGGAACUUGUUUAGUAGUUUGAUGGCAUUGAAUGGUCUUUAUAACAGCCAGGCCUUUGAAGAGAAUGUUGAAUAACAGUUUAUCUCAAUGGUUAAAGUUUCUUUCAAGAUUUUUUCCUUUUUGCUAAAGUCUUGAAUAUAAAUUUGUAAUAUAAAGGACUCAUUUCCUUGAUUGUCAAGAUUGGAUGAAAAUGCCACUUUCUUUAUAUUCUUC